ACGAAGGUCCGGAGGAGAAGAUGGCCAGCCAGUUAUUCGUUCCGAGCGCGAACUUCUCCCGAAAUGCUCGAGUUUCCACUUUGGAUCAGUACCGCGACAUGUAUCAGAAGUCAGUGUCUGAUCCCGAUGCGUUUUGGGGGGAGAUCGCGAAGGAAUUGUUCUGGAAAACGGCGCCCAAACAGCGAAACCUUUGCUCUUUCAACUUCAACACUGGUCAAGGCGUCGUCUUCGUCAAAUGGUUUGAAGGAGCCAAAACGAACAUCUCUUACAACGCUUUGGACCAAAACGUGGAAAAGGGAUUCGGAAACAAAGUUGCUUUUUUUUGGGAAGGCAAUGAGCCAAAUGAUUGUAAAAAAAUCACUUACAAAGAGCUUCUUGAAGAAGUCUGCAAGUUCUCAAAUGUUUUAAAGAAAAAAGGGUUGAGAAAAGGAGAUCGUGUAGCCAUUUAUAUGCCAAUGAUCAUUGAACUGGUUGUAGCUAUGCUUGCAUGUGCUCGUCUGGGCAUCAUCCAUUCCAUUGUUUUUGGCGGUUAUUCGGCUGAGUCACUUUCUGAAAGAAUAUUAGACGCCAAAUCAACUCUUCUCAUUACUGCAGAUGGCGGAUUUCGAGGCCAAAAACUUGUGAAUCUACAGUCCAUUGCAGAGAAAGCUGUUGAUAUAUGCGGGAAAAACGGACAUAAUUUGAAGGCUGUUAUUCUAGUGAAGCAUCUAGGAUCAACUGACCUGAAAGAAAAUCAGGAUAAAUGGAGUAAUAGUGGAAUAGUAUCUAUGUGGCACACUGAAAUGACAGAUGUCUCUAACAAAUGUGAACCAGAGUGGAUGGAUGCAGAAGACCCUUUAUUCAUUUUAUAUACAAGUGGAUCUACUGGGAAACCGAAAGGAAUUUUGCAUACAACUGCAGGUUACAUGAUUUAUGCAUACACAACUUUUAAGUAUGUGUUUGAUUAUCAGCCCAAGGAUAUUUAUUUCUGCACAGCUGAUAUUGGAUGGAUAACAGGACACACUUAUGUGACUUAUGGACCAAUGCUAAAUGCUGCAACUUCUGUUAUAUUUGAAGGUGUUCCUUUCUAUCCUGAUGCAAGCAGAUUUUGGAAUGUGAUCGACAAAUACAGAGUGAGCAUAUUUUAUACAGCUCCUACUGCCGUCAGAGCUCUUAUGCGUUUCAGUGACGAUUUUGUGAAAAACUCCAGCAGAGAGACUUUGCGCCUAAUGGGAAGUGUGGGAGAACCUAUUAAUCCAGAAGCGUGGCUGUGGUAUUAUAGAGUUGUUGGAGAUGGAAGAUGCCCCAUUGUAGAUACUUUUUGGCAGACGGAAACGGGUGGAAUAGUUAUAACUCCACUUCCAGGUUGUACUCCUUUGAAACCGGGGUCUGCGGUAAAUAUUUUUAUCGCUUAUAAAGUAAUGCACUGCUGA